ACGACGGGGGCGGAGCUUGGUUGUGGCCCUUCCAGGGACCGCCAAGGUCCCUGGGUGGGGAAGGGUCUCUGUGUCCUAGUCUGUUCGGAGAGUAGACCAGUGCAGGGGAGGGUCCCUGACGUCCAGCUCAGAGGCGGAGGCAGGUCCAGGACACCGGGUCCUGGUUCUGAGCAAGGAGGUUCUCCUCUCCCAGGGCCUGCUUGUCUUUCUUCGUGAGAAAACGGGGUCAAGCCCUUCCCUCUGCCACCUGGGGAGCUUGCAGUCUGCCCCCACUGCACUCUUUUUGGUUGCUUCCUUUCCCCAGCUGCCCGCCCUCCGCCAUGCCACCCCUGUUGUCCCUGCACCUGUGCCGGCUGUGGCUCCGCAGCCCCCCUACACGGCUCCUCGGAGCCGGCCGGGCAGCGGUAGUUGUGAUCUCGCUACUCCGUGGCAGGUGCCUUGCAGGCUUGUCUCAGGCUUGGGCCUCUUUUCACAGGUCUGGCCCCAGUAAUUAUUAUGAACUGUUGGGGGUACAUCCUGGUGCCAGUCCUGAAGAAGUUAAGCGAGCUUUCUUCACCAAGUCCAAAGAGCUGCAUCCUGACCGGGACCCUGGGAACCCAGCCCUGCACAGCCGCUUUGUGGAGCUGAAUGAGGCAUACCACGUGCUCAGCCGUGAGCAGAGCCGCCGUAGCUAUGACCACCAGCUCCGCUCAGCCAGUCCCCCAAGGCCUCCAGGAACCACAGCCCACCCCAACUCUGCCAAACAGACACACAGCAGCUCCUGGACACAUCCCAAUGCACAUUACUGGGCCCAGUUUCAUGAUGUGAGGCCACAGGGGGCCUGGGCAAGGCAGCAGCAGCACAAGCACAACCAGCGUGUGCUGGGGUACUGCCUUCUGCUCAUGCUGGCAGGCAUGGGCCUGCACUACGUGGCCUUCAGAAAGUUGGAGCAGGUACACCGCAGCUUCAUGGAUGAAAAGGAUCGGAUCAUCACAGCCAUCUACAACGACACACGGGCACGGGCCAGGGCCAACAGAGCCAGGCUCCAGCAGGAGCGCCGGCAGAGGCAGAAGCAGCCUCCAUCAUCACCCAGUUCUCCUUAAAGCACAGGGAUUGUGCCCCUGGAUACCAGCCCCUGAGGGGCUCACCUGGAUGCGGUCAGCAGUGUGUUCUUUCCUUGGUUCCUUACCAGGACCACCCACUCCCCCAAACACGUGCAAUAAAGUGAUUCUCAGA